CAUUUGCCUACCACAUAAAUGUUUCAUUUUUUUAUAAUAAUUACGGUAUCUGAAGUUGAGAAAGAAAUCAGAUGUAUGUACAUACAAUCCGUAAAUAGAUAAGUCCACAACAACUGGAUACGGUAACUGGCGAGGAUAGUUUAUAGGUUAUGUUUUCGAAUGUAGAACGCGUGAAAAGAACCCUGAUUUGUGGCCCACCAGAAUUGACGGAAACCUUUAUGUUUGAGGGCGCAGCGCAUUGGGCGAAACAAGGAAGCCGCGUUAUUUACGUGACUCAGAAUCCCAUCGAGUCUCUGCCGCCAAAAUAUCACGAUGGCCCUAAACCAUGUGUUGAUACAUUCCAAUUAAUCAAAUUCAUGUACCUGCCGGAUCAUAAGAGCUUGAUGGAGCUUCUGGUCGAGUUGGACACAUUCGCUUCCUUACCGUCAGCGCUGCUUAUCGACAAGCUAGAUAACUACACCGAGCCUACGACUGCCCAGGGUGACUACGAUGUUCUUCUCGCCAAAACGUGUUCCUUCAUUAUCGACGCGAUGAACGCGUGUUCCCGUAUUCUUGGGAAGAAUGUUCACGUCUGCGCGUCUAUCCGACCAGAAGCAGUCGGCAAAGUACAUUUCGUCUAUUUUGAUAACGUCUGGAAAUUUUCUAUCGACGACAACCCCGCCGACCCGGUUAUAACUUUGCAAAAAGCAUUUUGCACGAACGGUGACCAGUCGUUCAAAUUUCGCAACCUGGACGACCGGACUGUUGUUCUCAAACAAGUUUUAAGACUAGUUGACGAUCAUUGAAGAGCGGGACUCUAAAUUAAUAGUAAAGGCGGUUCGGAUUAAAGCUACAGAUUUUGUUUUCAUUUGUUUUUUCACAUUACACUUUAGCAUUCCACGAAAAUGAAUCCAGUAAUGUGAUUACAGUCAAUUUAGUGGAAUUUUAGUCCACAUAUCUAAUGAAUCAUUCAACAGUUUCCUCUGAAACUCGCAGAAAAAGUUUCUUUAACGUACCGGCACUUC